GGAGCCGUGGCUGCCGCAAGGGGCGGGGGAGCGCGGAGCGCAUCGAUCGCGCCCGUCCAUCCAUCCAUCCAUCCAUCCAUCCACCCUCUCGGCGCUCGGCUCCCUCGGCAGCUCCAGCCCCAGCCCUCCCCGUCCCCCGCCAUUUCAGACCGGGACGGAAAGGGACGCGGAGCGACCGCUACGGCGGGGCGGGCAAGGGAGGCGCCGGCGUGCUCCUGCCGCGGCGCCAGGCAGGGAGGCAAUUGCUUUCCGGUCUGCUAAAAAAUGACAGAAUAUAAACUUGUUGUCGUUGGAGCUGGUGGUGUAGGCAAGAGCGCCUUGACGAUACAGCUAAUUCAGAAUCACUUUGUGGAUGAAUAUGACCCUACAAUAGAGGAUUCCUACAGGAAGCAAGUAGUAAUUGAUGGAGAAACCUGUCUCUUGGAUAUUCUUGAUACAGCAGGUCAAGAAGAGUACAGUGCAAUGAGGGACCAAUAUAUGAGAACAGGGGAAGGUUUCCUGUGUGUAUUUGCUAUAAACAAUACAAAGUCUUUUGAAGAUAUUCACCAUUAUAGAGAACAAAUAAAGAGAGUUAAAGACUCUGAAGAUGUCCCAAUGGUGCUAGUAGGAAACAAAUGUGAUUUGCCUUCCAGAACAGUAGAUACAAAACAAGCUCAGGAUUUAGCAAGAAGUUACGGAAUUCCUUUCAUUGAAACAUCAGCAAAGACAAGACAGGGUGUUGAUGAUGCCUUCUAUACAUUAGUUCGAGAAAUCAGAAAACACAAAGAGAAGAUGAGCAAAGAUGGUAAAAAGAAGAAAAAGAAGACAAAGACAAAGUGUAUAAUUAUGUAAAUACAAUUUAUCCUUAUUCUUAAGAAGUACUUAAGUAAUUUUUGUACAUUACACUAAAUUAUUAGCAUUUGUUUUAGCAUUACUUUACUUUCUGCUUCAUGAUCCUGUUAGCUUUACCUGAAUGCUUGUUUUAAAUGACAGUGGAAACUUCAUUCCUCUUAAAGUGCCAGUAUUCUUUGACUGUUGGUUCUUGAACUAGCAAUGCCUGUGAAAAAAACAAAAAACAAAAAAACAACACAAAAAAAGCGCAAACAAAAAAAAACACACAAAAACCUGAGAACUGUCUUAGGACUCGGUGCAUGCACAGUUGCUAACUUCCUAUUUUUCUUACUGAUUGUGAACUUCUGUUCUGUGUGCAAACCAAACAAUGAAACGAUGCUCUGCACAUUCUAACAUCCCCUUUGAUUUUUUGGUUUUUAAAUCUGGUUGGGAAAAAGGACUAGUUAGCAAAAAGAGACUUUCAUUUUAGCCUUUCUUUUACUUUAGACUGACUGCAAUAUAGAAAGACCAGAAGCCUUUAUAGUCUUCCUGUAGAUUUUGCUUCUAGGCAUCUAGUCUUGUAGCAUCUCAGAUCAACUUUAAUGAAUGUAAAGAUAAAACUUUCACAAAAAAAAAUUUUUCACUGCAAUUUGUCACGGUCACUCCUUAAAUACUCUAUUUUUUCUAUAAAAAAGAAAAAUUAAAAAAAGACAACAAUGCACAUCUGGCAAUGGAAAAAGUAAAAGUUCUAAUUAGGUUGAUUUGCUAUUGUUAAUUCAUUUCUUUAAGACUUUCACUAACCUUUUGUGUCUGAAGACCAAGGUGAAAUCCUAGCUCUCCUGACCCCCAGUGGCAAAUCUUUAAGUAGCUUUGUUCAGUAGGUACAAGAUUUCACCCUUACUGUCUCUAGGAAAUACUAGAAAGCCUUAACAGAUCAGUUGAUUCAAAUUCUUAGGUUAAUUCAUACGUGGAUCCAGAAUUUACCAUGAGAACUAAAUCAGAAUGAAUCCUAAAUUAUACAGUGAAGUAAAACCAUUCCUUUUUUCCCCGAGAGUGGCAUUAAAUAUUUCCAGAUGCCCAUUUUGUGCAAAAUAGGGGAGGGAUUUUAAAUUCUAGUAACAUCAAAUGAGUGAAUGAGUUGAAUUUAGCUGCUUCAUGCAAAUAAUUUGGAAAUCCAGUUUGCCAUAAAAAUGGUGUGGAAUUUGCACAAACUGUCAGCAUAGAACAUGGUUUCCAGAGUCAGUGUUGUUUGUGUGAUGUUUGUGAAGUACUAGUUUCGUUGCACAGAUUAAAUGGUUGGUGAGUGGCAUUCCAGUGUCUAGACUGUCAUGAAGCUAGACCAAGAUUUUAAUGUUGUCUUUCUCUGUGAUUAAGUUCUCUCGUGAUUUUACCCCCCCACCCCUUUUUUUCUGAUUGGAAUUAAUGCAGAAUUUCGGCAGAAGCUUUCAUUUUUUGGUACUGCAGUAGUCUAGUUAUUCUGCACUAAAGUCAAAGCCAGUAAUUCCAGUGUUGCCAGUUCCUGUUGUCUUACUGUAAAUGUUGCAUUGUUUGAUUGUUUCAUAAGGGCCUGGGUUCCUGAAGGUACACUUCUUCACAGUACCUAACUCAGCUGCAGAGUAAAAUCUGAAAAUGUGACUCAGGUGUACCUGAAAAAAUAAAACACAAGACAUUGUAGUAGGAUAGUUGAGAACACUGGAAAGUUUGGAACAGGGAAUAGCAGCAUUGCCCUAACCUAAGGUAUGCCUAAACAAUUAUGCGGAAGUUUUACACAGUACAAUUUUCAUAUACCUGUGUAACUUGGACCAUUUAUAUGAUGUCAAAGGUGCAACUGCAUGAUAAAAUCAUUCUUUUGCUUCUAUGGAAAAAAAAAAAACCAAACAAACCAACAAAAUACAACCAACCAACACACACAGUGACUCUCAUAGAGAGCUGCAAAGCUGGCAGGGGAUGUAUACUGUCUGAAUUGCUGCGUGUUCUUUAAUUUUAAUAUUGCUGAGAGAAAUAAUGCCUUUCCCUGCCUGUGCCCCGUUUCCUACCCUCCACCAAAACCCAGACCCGACCUGCUCCCCUCCUUUCAGCUUCCGUGUGAAAUAGAGAUUAUGAAAUAUUCUGAAAAACAGUAAUAGGAGAACCUAACACUAUAUCUUAAGAACAGAUUCCUAAUGUCACAAAACAUGUUACAGCUUCCAAGGUUAAAAAACAUUUUGGAGACGUGCACAUUUUAGACACUCUUGAUUACAUAUGAAGAACGUAGCAAAAGUGGAUAGUAUACCUUGAGCAAAUGGAAGUAAUCUUAAGAUUUUUGGUAACUGAGUCACACUGCAUGUAAAAUUAGGGCUGGUCUAAAAUUCUUAAUUUAACUAAAAACUGUGAGGAUAAAUUACAGCUGAAAUGUCUUAAUCAUAAAAUGUGGAUUUAUAUAGCUCUAAUAUAAAGCUAUAUAUAAAAUAGGGGUGGUUUUUUUCAGUAAAUGUGAUUUGUAGCUACCAACCUAAUUAAAUUAGUACAAAAUCUAUUUAGAUUAGCCGUUAUUUGCUACUUUUUUUAAAAAAAAAAAAUACACAUCCUUGCCACUGUUGUGCAGUUUUGUCUUAGUAUUUGUUGAGAUUUGGUGAAGCAUGUUGGAUUGCAGCUUGCACAAGUUGAUCUCAUAAUUAUUCUGUCUUUCCCUAUUUGAAAUGCUUUCGAAGAACAGACCUGGAUGCGGUCUGUUCUGAUAGCAACUACUAAAUGAACAUGUGAAUCACUUACCACGUUAAUACAUUAAAUUGCCAUGUGUCAGGGAGUAACGCCCUCUAACAGUAGCUUUAUGUAACUCUGGUAAACAACUUUUAUCAUUGGUUUUCUCAAAAUGGAAAUGUAACUGUUUUGACCAGUCUCAUUGCCCUAAAAUUUUUGCUAACCUAAAAAAAGUCUCACUGUAUAGUUUUUGUUACAGUAUCUCUGUAAUGGGUAAAUACUGACACACAAUCUUCUGCUUUUAUCUAUGCUAUGAUGCAAUACAAUUAUUACCGUCAAAGACCAUCAAACUGUAAACAAAUCAUUUUGUCUCAAGUUUACAUAAAGCUACAUAGAUGGUAAAUCUUUCCUAACAUUUCUUUAUUCCACUGUCUUGUGUUUUCAUGUUGAAAAUACUUCUGCUUUUUCCUCUUGAGUGCCAACUUCUUACUAGAAUGACUUCUUAAUGUAAUAUGUUUACCUGGAAUGUAUUUUAACUAUUUUUGUAUAGUGUAAACUGAAACAUGCACAUUUUGUACAUUGUGCUUUAUUUGAUGUGGAACAUAUGCAGUGUGAUCCAGUUUUUCCAUCAUUUGGUUGCGUGACCUAGGAAUGUUGGUCAUACCAGACAUUAAGUUAAAAAAAAAAAAAAAAAAAAAAAAAGACCACUGUUUGUUUUAAAAUUUUUAAUGUUUUUAGGAGUAUGUGCUGUGAGGUGAUCUGGAAUUUGUCAUUUUUUUGUCAAACUGUACUGCUCCUAUUUAUUGUAAUGUAAUAAAAUACAGUUAUUGUGA